CAUUCACAGCUUGGUGCAACUCGCAUCUACGCAAAGCAGGCACUGCCAUCGAAUCGAUCGAAGACGAUUUUAGGAAUGGGUUGAAACUGAUGUUGCUGCUUGAGGUGAUCUCAGGGGAGACCCUUCCGAGGCCCGACAGAGGCAAGAUGAGGUUCCACAAGAUUGCCAACGUUAACAAGGCCCUUGAUUAUAUCGCCAGUAAGGGCGUCAAGCUGGUUUCAAUUGGCGCGGAAGAAAUCGUUGACGGCAAUCUAAAGAUGACUUUGGGAAUGAUAUGGACCAUUAUCUUGAGAUUCGCGAUCCAGGAUAUCUCCGUGGAGGAGAUGACUGCGAAGGAGGGACUAUUGCUUUGGUGCCAACGCAAGACGGCACCCUACAAGAACGUCAACGUUCAAAACUUCCACCUGUCCUUCAAGGAUGGUCUCGCGUUCUGCGCUCUUAUCCAUCGUCAUCGGCCCGACUUGAUCGACUACAACAAACUCAGCAAGGAUAAUCCGCUGGAAAACUUGAACACUGCCUUUGAUGUCGCUGAAAAGUAUCUCGACAUUCCUCGCAUGUUAGAUCCCGAUGAUUUGAUCAACACUCCCAAGCCGGAUGAGCGAGCUAUCAUGACGUAUGUGUCCUGCUACUACCACGCGUUCCAAGGUGCCCAGCAGGCAGAGACAGCGGCCAACAGAAUCUGCAAGGUACUGAAGGUGAACCAAGAGAACGAGCGUCUCAUGGAGGAAUACGAGCGCUUGGCUUCCGAUUUGCUCGAAUGGAUACGACGAACGCUACCAUGGCUCGCGAAUCGGCAGACCGACAAUUCCCUCGCUGGUUGUCAAAAGAAAUUGGAGGAGUACAGGACGUAUCGGCGCAAGCAUAAGCCGCCGCGUGUCGAACAGAAAGCUAAGCUGGAGACGAAUUUCAAUACUCUUCAGACGAAGCUGAGGCUGAGCAAUAGGCCGGCGUACAUGCCCACGGAAGGAAAAAUGGUGUCCGACAUAAAUAAAGCGUGGAGAAAUUUGGAAUUAGCCGAAAAGACGUUCGAGGACUGGUUAUUGUCUGAGAUGAUGCGUCUGGAGCGACUGGAACAUCUGGCGCAAAAAUUCAAGCACAAGGCAGAUGCUCACGAAGAUUGGACCGCCGGCAAAGAAGAGAUGCUCACGUCUCAACACUUCCGACAGUGUAAACUAAACGAUCUCAAGGCCUUAAAGAAAAAGCACGAGGCCUUUGAGUCAGAUCUCGCGGCUCAUCAAGAUCGCGUAGAGCAGAUCGCGGCUAUCGCUCAAGAACUCAACACUCUUGAGUAUCAUGACAGCGCAUCUGUGAACGCCAGAUGCCAACGCAUUUGCGAUCAGUGGGAUCGCUUGGGUACACUCACCCAACGUAGACGUCAAGCUCUCGACGAAGCCGAGAAAAUCCUGGAGAAGAUAGACGUCUUACAUCUGGAGUUUGCCAAGCGCGCUGCUCCAUUCAACAAUUGGUUGGAUGGAACCAGAGAAGAUCUAGUGGACAUGUUUAUCGUCCACACGAUGGAGGAGAUCCAAGGUCUGAUGGACGCGCACGCUGCGUUCAAGGCUACUCUGGGCGAAGCAGAUAAGGAGUACAAUUCAAUUGUGGGAUUGGUGCGCGAGGUCGAAUCCAUAGUUAAACAAUAUCAGAUUCCUGGCGGCCUAGAGAAUCCUUACACCGCUCUCACUGCAAUGGACCUUACUAAGAAAUGGAGUGAUGUUAGACAAUUAGUCCCUCAACGUGACGGUACCCUGGCUGCUGAACUUCGCAAACAACAAAAUAAUGAACUGCUUAGACGACAGUUCGCCGAGAAAGCCAAUGUUGUCGGACCAUGGAUAGAACGUCAGUUGGACGCCGUCACCGCGAUUGGUCUCGGUCUUCAGGGAACUCUGGAGGAUCAGUUACAUCGUCUGAAGGAAUACGAACAGGCAGUAUAUCAAUACAAGGCUCAUCUUGAGGAAUUGGAGAAGAUCCACCAAGCGGUUCAGGAAGGCAUGAUCUUCGAGAACCGCUACACUCAGUAUACCAUGGAGACGCUGCGUGUCGGUUGGGAACAGCUUCUGACCUCGAUCAAUCGCAACGUUAACGAAGUCGAAAAUCAAAUUCUCACCAGAGAUUCCAAGGGCAUUACUCAGGAGCAGCUGAAUGAAUUCCGCAGCAGUUUCAACCACUUUGACAAGAAUAGGACAGGCAGAUUGGCACCGGACGAGUUUAAAUCCUGUCUCGUGUCUCUGGGAUACUCUAUCGGAAAGGACAGGCAAGGCGACAUCGACUUCCAACGAAUUCUGGCUAUCGUCGAUCCCAACAAUUCAGGCUAUGUGCACUUUGAUGCCUUCCUUGACUUUAUGACACGCGAGUCCACCGAUACUGACACGGCAGAACAAGUCAUCGACAGUUUCCGCAUUCUUGCUGGCGACAAGCCUUACAUCUUGCCAGACGAAUUGAGGAGAGAAUUACCACCGGAUCAGGCAGAAUACUGCAUCCAGCGAAUGCCUCCGUUCAAAGGACCGAGCGCUGUGCCUGGAGCAUUGGACUACCGCUCCUUCUCGACGGCUCUAUAUGGCGAAUCUGAUCUGUAG